AUGGACAGCAACCUGCAAGACUGGCCCCUCAACGCCUCGGCGGCUGGAGGCAAAGGAGCCGGCGACCAGCUGCUGGGCAGGUUCGGGGCCACGUGGACCAUCACCUUGGCCGUGCUCAUGGCUCUGCUGAUCGUGGCCACCGUGGUUGGGAACGCGCUGGUCCUGCUGGCCUUCGUGGUGGACUCCAGCCUGCGGACCCAGAACAAUUACUUCCUCCUCAACCUGGCCAUCUCCGAUUUCCUAGUAGGUGCCUUUUGCAUUCCCUUGUAUGUGCCCUAUGUGCUGACAGGAAGAUGGGCCUUUGGGAAAAGCUUCUGCAAGCUCUGGCUGGUAAUUGAUUAUCUGCUCUGCACCUCUUCAGUCUUCAACAUUGUACUGAUUAGCUAUGACAGAUUCCUCUCUGUGACAAGAGCGGUCACAUACCGAGCUCAGCAAGGUAAUACCAAGCAAGCAGUGCUGAAGAUGGUAGCAGUGUGGGUCUUAGCUUUCCUGCUCUAUGGACCUGCAAUUAUCAGCUGGGAAUACGUAACAGGCCAGAGCAUCAUACCUGAUGGGGAAUGCUAUGCUGAAUUUUUCUACAACUGGUAUUUUCUCAUGACGGCCUCCACGCUGGAGUUUUUCACCCCCUUCAUCAGUGUAUUGUUUUUCAACUUGAGCAUUUACCUGAACAUUCAGAAACGCACCAAAAUCCGCCUAGAUAUCUUCCACGAAGUACAGAACCAGUCGUUCAUGGAGGAGCUGGAAAUGAGUCCGGAAGGAAAGCUUUCUCUGAAAUGCUGUAAGUGGGACCAGAAAGAGGCAGCCCAAACCCUAGACCUUCCCAAAAUUGAAACACAACAAGCAGCUGCCAAUGCCAGUCAGAGUGUGAAAGACUCACAGACAUCAGACUCAAAGAGCUCCGGGCCCUAUAGUGGGAAAUCAAAGUCUUUCAACAAGAGGAGCUAUAAACACUCAGCGUCUACAAUGUCUUUAGAGAAACGGAUGAAGAUGGUCUCCCAGAGCAUCACACAACGUUUCAGGCUCUCCAGAGACAAGAAGGUGGCAAAAUCACUGGCAGUUAUAGUGAGCAUUUUUGGGCUUUGCUGGGCACCAUACACCCUCCUCAUGAUCAUCCGAGCUGCUUGCCAUGGCCACUGCAUCCCUGAUUACUGGUAUGAGACUUCCUUCUGGCUCCUGUGGAUCAACUCUGCCGUUAACCCUGUCCUGUAUCCCCUCUGCCACUACAGUUUUAGAAGAGCUUUCAUUAAACUCCUGUGCCCCAAGAAGUUAAAGAUCCAACCUCACAAUUCCCUCCAACACUGCUGGAAGUGAGUCAAUCCAGCCAUGUAUUUGAGGAGCUGUCUUAUCGCUUUGUCUUAUUUUGCAAAACCACAGUAGUUCAUUUCCUGUGAAGAAUGUGAUGAUAGCACUUUCGGGGGGCAAGGGCGUUCAGUAUUAACUUCUCCUGCUCUCUCUGCAGGGACAAAAAUGGGCUGAAUGGACAGAUGUGUUUUUAAUCCCAUGGCACCUAUGUCUGUGUUCACCCCCCUACACACGCACAGAAGAGCUCUACUGCCACCUAGCCAACCAACAUGGCAUUGGUACUUAUUAUAAAAAAGAAGCCCAAAAUGUAAAUCUAAUCUUGCCCACUGUAAGUAAUAUAUAGUUUAACCCAGAGGUUCUCAAACUGUGGUCUGUGGACCACCAGUGGUCCACAAGUUCCG